AUCAUCUAUCAGUCAGACGUUAGAUUACCCUAGUUAAGGUUUAAUAAGUACUAAUUUAAUUAGUACCUAGUGAUUUAGUUAGAGGAGGAGUAGAAAAGAAAUUCAAAUAGCUGAGUAUGAGGCCAUGUGAGUUAUGUUGGCGGGUGAGUGCAAUUGUUUACUGCAAAUCAGAUAUGGCUCGCCUUUGCUUGAACUGUGAUGGAUGUGUACACUCAGCCAAUGCCUUAGCGCGGAGGCACGCACGUUGGUUUCUAUGUGAAAAGUGCAAUGAUCAGCCUGCAACAGUACGAUGCUUAGAUGUGAACGUGUCCUUGUGCCAAAGUUGCGAGUGGAGUCACAAUAAUGGGGUUACAGGAAUGGCGCACCGGAACCAAGCAAUAAGUUUCUAUACAGGUUGUCCGUCUUUGUCUGAGAUUUCUAGAAUAUGGUCUGCGGUCCUUGAAGGCGGUUCAGCUUCUGGUGGUUUUGGUGGCAGUGGUUGGGAGUCGCUUGGGGGUACCAUGGUGUCAAAGAAUGAGAAAAAUUGCAUUAGUAGUUGUAGAGAUAGUGAGGCAUCUUCGUUUGGAGUAGUGAGUGCAGGCAAUAAGUUUAAUGAAGUACUAGCAGAGUCUAAUUGUACUCCCGAUUUUGAGCCUUGGAUGGCCACAUCUACUGUGAUUCCAUCAAAUCCGAACUGCAUCCAGCCACAAUGCAAAGAUCAAACACCGCUACCAUUCUUGCCUCAGGAGUCGAGCCAGCUGCCAAAGCUACAGGGUUCUUCAAAUCUUAAAGAUCUAGGAAUUCAGGAUGGCAAUGAUCUAUGUGAAGGUCUCAACAUGGAUGAUGUUCCAUUAGACGUUGAAAAUGAUGAUGAGCUAUUUAGUUGCUCCCAAGGUCCUUCCAGAUACCCGUUUGAGGAUGGAGAGUUUGAUUGUCUAUUAAUGGACCAGAAAAAUUUAUCAGUCACUGAGUCUAAUGGUCCUCACUGUGACAAUGCUAUACAACAGGUUCUUAAUUUCAUACCUAGCUUAGCUUCACCAUCAAGACAACAAGACUGUACCCUGGGAUUUCAGUCGUCCUGUGAUAGUGUGAUGCCGCCUGUGAUGAAUGCUGGUUUGCUCAUGAAUCCAAGUUGCAGCAGGAACAUCAAUCUGGAGGGAUUACUUAAUCCUACUGGUCAAGUUCAUUCAAGUAUAUCACUAUCACUAUCCAGCAUCACAAGAGAUACAACUCAUCCAGAUUAUCAAGAUUGCGGAUUGUCGCCCGUCUUUCUAUCAGCAGAACCUUGGGACUCUACUUUGGAGGCCGGCAGUCCACGAGCAAGGGACAAAGCUAAGAUGAGAUAUGAGGAAAAAAAGAAAACUCGCACGUUCGGUAAACAAAUAAGAUAUGCCUCUAGAAAGGCUAGAGCUGAUACCAGAAAACGAGUCAAGGGAAGAUUCGUAAAAUCCGGUGAAGAAUAUGAUUACGAUCCUCUUACGAGAAGGAGCUUCUGA